AUGUUAUCAACUCUCAAGAAGAAGAGGCCUCAUUUGGACGAAUCACUUGAUGCACUUCAAAAUAGUCUUAGGACUGAGAUUAUGUCCAAGAAGUUCUUACUUAUUCUGGAUGACAUUUGGGAGGAGGAGGAGAACCAGGAUAUCAGCAAAUGGGAGAAGGUGUUCGCCUCUCUGGCUUAUGGGAAAAUUGGUAGUCGAAUUUUGGUAACAACUCAAAUGGACUCGGUUGCAAUGAUGAUUGCAAAGCUCCUCAACUCUCAUGCAUUUGCUGAUGUAGAUAAUCCUAAUGAUUAUAAAAGAUUAAUAUCCAUUGCUCGAGAGAUAGUUAAAAAGCUUUCAGGAUCUCCAUUGGCUGCAAAGGUCACCGGUGGUGUUUUGAAUUCUAGCUUGGAUGAAAGACAUUGGACAAAAGUUUUAAAUAGUGAUUUUGUAAGUCCAAAAUUGGGUCAGGAUUGCAUCUUUCCCAUUUUAAGAUUGAGCUAUAUGUUCCUCCCAAAACAUCUACAAAAUUGUUUCGCAUUUUGUUCUAUAUUUGAACAAGAUUAUAUAUUUGGUAAAGAUGAUUUAGUCAAAAUGUGGAUUGUAUUGGGUUUCAUUCAGCAACCUCAUGAUCAAGAAUGGACUAUGGAGGAUAUUGGAGGAAUGUAUUUUGAUGUUUUGGUUAAAAAAUUUUUCUUUGAUAAGUUUGAACAUUGUUUUAGACAAUAUUACAAGAUGCAUGAUUUAAUACAUGAAUUGGCACAAUCAGUUUCCAUACAUGAAUGUUUAAGAGCUGAGGAUGGUACAAAGUUUCCUUCUAUAAUUCAUAAGACUCUUCGACACUUGUCUGUUCAAACUACAAAUCCAGACAUCAUAAAAAAGAUUGGACAGUUUAAAUAUUUGCAUUCUCUUUUCAUGUUCUAUGAAGCUUCUAAUCAGGAUCAUUGCAAUGCACUUAUUAAAAUAUUCAAAGCAUCGAGAAGCCUACGCUUAUUAUACAUACAUGUUUCAGCAGGCUUGAAAAUGAUACCAGAGGAUAUUGGAAAUUUGAUACAUCUUCGAUACUUAAAGAUUGAUAAUUGUAAUUUGACCAUGCUGCCAAGAUCUCUAAGUAAUCCCUAUCACUUGCAAUGCAUAAUCUAUGAUAGGCCAUUAGGGCUAAGCCAACCUAAAGUUGAUGAUUUUUACCAAGUGGCAUGA